CGGCGAUGGGACCCUGGCGAGAGAUCUGCGGCUAGCCGGCUGCACUUGCUCCACGGGUCAGGGGAUCGGAGGGGGCAGGUUUGAAGGACGAUGUGCCAUUAAAAAGAAAGGCCAAAGACUAAACAGGAGAAGAGGAAGAGGAAGAGGAAGACUUCAAAGGGAACGUGGGAAAGCAUCCGAGAGGACAAUCCGAGACAAAUUCCGUCUGUAGCAAGUGAGAGGACCUGCCUAAUUCUUUAACAUCUGGGAAGGAUGAGUUCUUGCAGCAACAUCUGUGGGUCCAAGCAGGUGCAGGCAGCUACCGAGGGCGGUUACCAGCGCUACGGAGUCCGGUCCUAUCUGCAUCAGUUCUAUGAGGACUGCACCACCUCGAUCUGGGAGUAUGAGGAUGAUUUCCAGAUCCAGAGAUCACCUAAUAGGUGGAGCUCAGCAUUCUGGAAGGUCGGACUCAUCUCCGGCACCAUCUUCGUGGUUCUCGGACUGACUGUCCUGGCAGUGGGCUUUCUGGUGCCCCCCAAAAUCGAAGCGUUUGGUGAAGCCGACUUCGUGGUGGUGGACACGCAGGCCAUGCAAUUUAACGGGGCUCUGGAGGCGUGCAAGCUGGCCGGGGCCAUUCUCUUCUGCCUCGGGGGCAUGUCCAUGGCAGGGUGCCUGCUGACAUCCAUGUUCGUGAAAAGCUACUCCAAAGAGGAAAAGCUUCUUCAACAGAAGUUUAAAGAGCGCAUCGCCGACAUCAAGGUCCACAGCCAGCCCGUUACAAAAGCCCCGGGCCCCGGGGAAACAAAGAUUCCCGUCACUCUGUCUAGGGUGCAGAAUGUCCAGCCUGUUUCGGCAACCUGAGACACCACCCACCCUAGUCCCCCCUCUCUGAUCACAUGCAGUGUUAAUAAGGAGCAGGGCCAGGUUUGGAGAUAAUGGGAAUUGGGCUUUGGCUGGCCCCAGCCCGGGGCUCGGCUGCGGGCAGUGCGGUGCGGGAGCUCACAUCCGCUCGGCUUGGGGUCUUGGGAGGAGGUGACGUCCCUGGAGACCUGUGCGUAGGCACCACGCUGCUUCAGGGGGGCUCGUGUGCCCAUGGGGCACCCUCGGGAGCUCCCCUCUCAAAUAUCGUGACUGUCUGUCAUUCCCCCCGCGUUACUGGAGAGCACCCAGCGGUUUAGACCAGAUGACCAGUGGCUAACGUGGUGUGUUUUAUUUUCUAAUGUCGGUUUCCUGAUUUUUCUUGUGUGGUGCUGCGUCUGUUCCUGUCUCAGUCCGCGUAAGAUAUUGUCAUGUGUGUUCAUAGACAAGUCGAGUUCCUUGAUAUUGACCCAAACGUUCGUCUUCUAACUCUCUCUUCACAUGAGGUUGCUGAGAAUGGGUACAAAUUUAUCGGAGUUCUCCGCCAAUCUUUUUUUUUUGGGGGGGGGUUGGUUUGGUUCUCUCCAGUGUUUUCCCUUGAAAAGGUAACAUUGCCAACUUUAGAAAACUUGGGGAAGAAAUGAACUUUAGGAGUUUCUAUGCAGCCUCCGAGAGCCGGGGAAGGAGAAGCUACUACCCCCUAGCUGUGUGACCUUGGGGGUUUGUUUAACCUGCCCGGCCUCAGUGUCCCCAUCGAGGUGACAGAGAUCCUGGACUAUGGUGUCUGAGAUUCCUCCUUUGCCGCGUGUCAUCGGGUCUCCCGGGGGCCAUGCCUGCGAUGUCCCUGGGGCUCUCACCUCGGUGAGACUGUUUGAGAUCUGGACUCCCAGAAAAAUCUCCGAAUCAGCAGGUACUCACGUUUCAAUGUCCAGCCCCAGCAGUUUAUACAGUGCUGUCGUGUUUUUAUAAAGACUAAAGUAAGCCAUCCUCCAAUAAGAAACCCGUGAGUAGAUACUAACCUUAAAAAGGGUUUUCUUCCUCAAAUAAGAUGUUUGAUUCUCCAGCAAGAUGCUCAUCUCACCCCUACGCACUUUUACGUCAUCUGUGGACUUAAACCGGACUGAGGAGAACAUGACCUUGGUCUUCUCUCAGAACCGUGCUGCCUUCCAGUCCUGUCUCCCCUCUCUUUCCUCCCUCACUGGAUAAAUAAAAUAUGUGCCCAAACAGAA